GCUCGCAAAACGCGGUGACGUCAGAAGCAGCAGGCCGCAGCCUCCCUGGCGACGAUAAAGAUGGCGCUGAAUAGAAACCAUUCCCAGAGCGGAGGCAUCAUCAUCACUAACGGCGAGAGCUUUUUAAAGGAGUGCAAAGAUGUGGAGCUCUCGUUCAGUGAUAUGACUGCUAAGUCUGAUUUCUUUAAGGGGACCAAGAAGGGAACGUUGUAUUUGACUCCAUACAGGAUGAUUUUUUUGUCAAAAGGGAAGGACUCUAUGCAGUCAUUCAUGAUGCCCUUCUACCUUGUGAAAGGGUGUUCUAUCGAGCAGCCUGUUUUCUCUGCUAAUUAUAUUAAGGGAACUAUUCGGGCAGAACCUGGAGGUGGUUGGGAAGGACAGGCCUCAUUCAAAAUGGUUUUUAAUAGCGGUGGAGCCAUUGAAUUUGGACAACUGAUGUUCAAAGUAGCUCAACAAGCUUCCAGAGGCACUCCUGUGCAUAACACUGCUUACGGAUAUGAACCAAUGGCUGAUAUGGCCUUUGGAUUUGCUCCAGCAAAUGGCCCAUACCCUGCAAAUGGCCCAUACCCAUAUCAACCGCCUCCCAUGAAUGGAGGUUAUGGGCCUCCACCUGCACCAAUGGGAUACCAUUAUGGAGCACCUGUACCACAGCCAGGAGUCUAUCCAUCUGCUCCUGCAAUGGAUAUGUAUAUGCCACCUCCACCUCCCUAUCCUGGACCUCCUCCAGUUAGUGUGGUCGAACCUGGAUUGCCUGGUGGAGCUAAAGCAGCAGAAGCAGCUUCUAGUGCUUACUACAAUCCAUCCAAUCCUCACAGUGUCUACAUGCCAAUGGAUCAGCCCCCACCUUACACACCAGCAGAAGAGAAGAAGAACAACUGAGCCUGUUUGAAGUGCUGAUUCUUCCAAUCGUUUGUGAAUUGUUUAUUUUCUAAAAAUUCUGUUGUUAGAAUCUGCAUUUGUAUUCGAUAAUCAGCCACUUGCCUGGCUCUUUCCAACACCUGGGACUGCAGGCUCUUGAUAUCUUAGAUGUCUUUGCGCAGAAAAUCGGAAUGAUUUACCUGUGCACUGAAACCCUACAGGAUCUUUUCCACUGGAAAACUGGGAAUUCCUCAUCACCUUGCGAAGCAAAAAUUUUGACCUAAUAUGACCAGCCCCCAGUUUUGAAAUAUUGCUAGUGUCCUGUAACUAUCUGGAGCCAGCAGCCAGUAAGUGUUGAUGAAUUGCACCCCUUAAAUAAUUUUAAAAAAAUGCAACUUGUAGUGAAUAGUCAUCAAAAUAUACUAAGAGUUUAAUUAUAAGAUUUACUUUGUGUGAUGCAAGCAGAUAAAGAUUCCUACAAAAUCAAUUGUUUUAAAUAAUGCCUCUUUAAAAAGAAAAUAGAGUAACUUUGUCAUAAUGCUCAUUGGCCAGUAAUCAUGCAGCACAUCGUUUCUAGACUUUAGAAUGUUUUGGUAUAGCAAGUUGGAAUGGUUUAGAUCUUUUCAAUGUCCUAUAUAUUAAACAAAAUAUUUCUUCUAGCAGAAAAUAAUGGAGACUAACCAUGUUAGGAAUAUUACUGAGAAAUACUUUGAAAGUUUGGCAGGAGAGGAAUGAAGGAAUCAUCCCUGGAAUGUUUGUGUGAACUGCUUUGCUUAAAACAAAAAUCAUUUUAUAAUGUAUUUCUUAAGGGGAAUGGGAAAAAUCUUUUUCAUUUUGUUUCUAUAAUCUCAAAUACUGGGUUUGGUCCAGUACGAUGGAGGUACUAUUAAAAUGGAAGAAGAAAUUGCGUACAGGCAUUUGAAACCUGGGUAUCAGAGCUACAGUAUUGUGUUUGGGCUAUUUAGUUAGAGAGCGACUCUGUAAACAUAUUUAAAGGAAUACGCUUCACUGUUUGUCACCUUGUAUUGCCUCCACCACAACCUUUAUCCAUUAAUACUUUAACCCAGUGUUUUUUUUUAAAGAAAGCUCUAAAUGCUCCCUUUAGAUACAAGAUUGGAAAGAUGGAAUCCAUAAUUUUAUUGUUGAUAUUUUGCCACAGUUCAUGUGAUUCUAGUUUGAGGAUUUGUUCUUCCCUAAAACUCUUAGUUGACAGUAUUAGGUUGCACCUGUGGCUCCUGUUGGUACCAGUUGAAAUGUGGUCCAUCAUUGUCUGGCUCUUGCAUUCAUUUUGAGAAGUUCUCUUGCCAUAUAACAUGGCUUCUCCCUGAUUUUGUGGAUUAAAUUUCCUGAGGAAGCUGUGUUUGAGUUGUUGUGUUCCAGAAGCAUACUGUAAUUUGCAAGGAAUUAGAAGCAGCAUUUGGUCCCUUUUUAAGAGUGAACUAAUCCCUAACUUAUAGUUUUCCCUGUUUUUUGCAGGAAAAUUGAAUAUCCUGACUUCUCCACAAUCUAACAAGUUAUAAAGGAAAUAGCUGUGUGCUUACUGAUAUUCCAAUCCCUACAAUGCACUUGUUCUUCAAGCUUUAAAAGUAUUGGUCAAGACAAACGGGGCACAGAGAUGAUGUGUAAUUUAAAAUAUUUUGAAUAAAUUAACUCACCAAUUGAAUCUGA